UAUGUGGAUCAAAGAAAUCAUUAUAGAGGGCUUCAAGUCUUAUGCAUAAAGAACAGUAAUUACAAAUCUAGAUCCAGAAUUCAAUGCCAUAACUGGAUUGAAUGGAUCAGGUAAAUCUAAUAUUCUUGAUGCAAUUCUCUUCUGUCUGGGAUUGAGUAAAGAAUACGAUACAGUAUUAAUAUUCUAUAAGUUAUUAGCUUCGUAUUAAGAAAUUAUAAGAGUUGAUAUAUAAAAAUGGUGCAGCAGGAAUUACAAAAGCUGAAGUAACAAUUGUGUUUGAUAAUCGCAAUAAAGAAUAGAGUCCUUUAGGAUAUUAGGAUUGUGAUAAGUUAACAGUAACUAGAUAGAUUACAGCUGAUAAAUCUAAAUAUUUUAUUAAUGGCAAAUCUGAAACCUAAAAGAACUUCAAAAAUAUGUUUAGAUCAGUUCAAUUGAAUAUAGAUAAUCCUCAUUUUUUAGUAGCAUAAGGUAGAAUAACAAAGAUUAUUAAUCUUAAACCAUAAGAACUAAUUAGUAUGUUAGAAGAAACAGCAGGAACAUCAUUGUAUAAUGAGAAAAAAAGAGAAGCUUAAAAAUUAAUACAAAAGAAAGAAGAGAAAUUAAAAUAAGUAAAUGAAAUUAUAGAAGCUGAAAUUUAACCUUAGAUGUAAAAAUUAACUGAUGAAAAGAAUAUAUUUUAAUUAUGGAGAGCAUAAGAAGCAUAAAUCUUAGUUUUGAAAAAGGAUCUUUUUAGUUAUGAUUACUAUUAAAAGGCUAAGACUUUGAGAUUGAAGAAAAAUGAUUUACAAAUUGUUAAUGAAUAAAUUACUAAUCAAGAAGAGAAGAUGAGAUAUGAAAAUGCUGAAAUAUCUGCUAUCUAAGAAAAAAUACAAAGUUUGUAAGAAUAAAAUAGGAAUAAUAAAUAUGAGUAAAUUACAGAAAAAUACAAGGAAAAAUAAAAAUUAGUUAAUACAUUAGAAAAAUAAGUAUAAAAUACUAGAAGAUAAAAAGAAACUAUUGAAAGUGAAAAAAUUAAAUUAGAACAUGCAUUAAGAACAUAUUAAACUGAUAAAGAAAGAACAGAUUCGAAAAUAGAAAUAGCUGAUAGAUAAUUAAAAUAAGUAUCAGAUGAAUUGAAAGAAAAGAAAGAUUUAUUAGAUGAAUAAAUAGGAUAAUAAAAUUAAUCUGAAGAUGGUAAUAUAGCAUAAAAUGGUAAAUAGAUGAUUUAAAGGUAAAUUAAUGAUACCAUUUCUCAUAUAGAUUCCAAUAGAAAAGAUUUAGAAUAAGUAACUGAAAGAUUAUAGAGAAUAGAUAAUCAUAUGUUAAGUUCAAAGACUAUUUAUGAAUAAAUGUAAAAAGAAGCAACUAAUUUAGAUACUAAAAUUGAUCUAUUAAAGAAAAGAAUAGAAUAAAGUGAAACAGAAAUUCAAAAGUCAUCAACCUUAGAAUAAUAAUUAUUAGAUUUUAAAUCAAAUAGAGGAGAUUUAGAUUAAUAAUUAUUAGAAAUUAAGAAAUAAAUAUCAUAAUCAUAACCUUUUAUAUUUUAAUUGAAUUUAUCAAGGAUGAAAGAUUGGGAUUAAAAUAGAGUAUAUGGUAAAUUGUUUAGUUUGUUUGAAGUGAAGGAUGAAUAAUAUAUGAAAGCAUUGGAAUUUGGUGCAGGAGCAAAGUUGUAGAAUAUAGUUGUUGAUGAUUCUACUACAUCUACAUAUUUAUUAAAGAAUAAUGUAUUAUAAACUCAUUCCUAUAUUAUACCAAAUAAAGAAAUUCAAUAGAAUGAAGCCAAAAAAGAAUUUGUUUAAGCUGCAGCUUAAAUUGCAAAAGAAAAUGAUGGAUUUGCUAAACCAGCCAUAGAUUUAAUUACAUUUUCAGAUAAAGUUAUUAAUUCUAUGAAAUUUGUAUUUGGUAAUUUCAUUAUUGCUUCAUCUAUGGAUAUUGCAAGAAAGAUUGCUUAUCAUCCUUCAAAUGUUUAAAAAUGUAAAGUUGUUACUAGAGAUGGUGAUAUUGUUGAUCCAUCUGGUACUUUGACUGGUGGUUAUACUAAUGAGAAAGCAUAAUUAUUACCUAAAUUUAAAUUAUUCAAUAGAUGGAAUCAAGAAUAUAAAGAAAUUUAAGGAUAAAUUGAUAAAAUUGAGUUAUAAAUUGAGAAAAUUAAAAAAGAUAUUGAAUUUAAAGAAUAAUUAAAUAGAGAUAUUACACAAGAUAAAUAUUAAUUAGAAUAAUUGAUGAUUAAAUAAAGAAAGAGUAAUUAAUUCAAUUAUUAAACUGAAUAAAAUAAGUAUUUAAAUGAAAUACAAGAUUUAUAAAUUGAAUAAGAGAGAUUCAAAAAAUAAAUAAAAGAAGGUGAAGAUAAAUUAGUAGAAUUGAAAAAAGAGUUAUAAUUAAUACAGUAAGGUAAAAAUACCAAAGAAUUAAUAUAAGCAUAAAUUGAUAGAACAAAAAAAGAAAUUAAUAAAUUAAAGUAAUAAAUAGAUUAAUAAAAGAAGGAAUUAAUUGAAAAUCAAGUAGAAAGUUAAAAUUAUGAAUAAGAAAUUAAUAAAUGUAUUAAGAAAAUUAAAGAAGAAACUAAUAAUUUAGAUAAAACUACUAUUGCAUUAGACUAAUUAAUAAAUGAAUUAAAUUUAAAUAAAGAUUAGUUCUUAAAAAUAACAGAGGAAAAGAAUUUAUAUGAAAGCAAAAAUGCUAUUCAUAAUAAUUAAAUGACUAGAUUGUUAGAAUAAUUAUAAGAAAGAUAGAAAUAUUUGAAUUCUACAGUUGAAUAAUUAAAUGGACAUUAAAAUGAAUUGAAGAAAUUAGAAAGAGAAUAACAUGAUCUUAAAUAACAAUUAAAAUAAUUAGAAGAUCAAUAUGAUUUUAUUAGAUAAGAUAAAAAUGAAUUAUCUUAAGAUAGAUUAUCUGACAAAUUUAGAGUAUUAGAAACAUUAGAAUAUGAAAAAACUAAAUAAUAAUUUUAAAGAUUGGAACAUGAUUAAGGUAAAUUAGGAAAAUAAGUUAAUUUUAAAGUUGAAGCUAUGACUGAAUAAGUUGAAAAAGAAUUUUCAUCUUUAAAAGACAAAAAAUUAAUAUUAGAAAAUGAUAAAUCUAUGCUUAUAUAAAAUAUGGGAGAAUUAGAUGAUAAGAAAAUUAAGACUAUUGAAAAAUGUUUUUUAGAAGUUAAUAAGGAUUUUUCAUCUAUUUUUAGUUCUUUAUUACAUAAUGCUUAAGCUAAAUUAGGUAGAUUGGAUGGAUAAUCAAUAGAAGAUGGAAUAGAAAUGAAUGUAUCAUUUAGUCAUCAAUAGAAAAAUCUAUCAGAAUUAAGUGGUGGUUAAAGAUCUUUAUUGGCAUUAUCAUUUAUACUUGCUCUAUUAAAAUACAAACCUGCUCCAUUUUAUAUUUUAGAUGAAGUAGAUAGUGCAUUAGAUUUAUCACAUACAGAAAAUAUUGGUUAAAUGUUAUCAUAGAAUUUUAAGUAAUCUCAAUUUUUAUUGAUAUCAUUAAAAGAAGGAAUGUAUUAAAAUGCUAAUGUUUUGUAUAAAGUUCAAUUUGUAGAUGGUGUAAGUAAAAUAGAUAGACAUGAACUUAAAAAGAAGAAAUAAUAAUAAUAAUAAUAAUUAAAAUGA